GGGCCGGGAUGGCGUCCUGCUGCGCAUGCGCGGCAUCCACAGCUGGGCCCCUGCCGGAACGCACCGGAGCACCUGCAUCUCUGACCCACGUCCCGGCUUGGACAUCCCGCGGCCGGCCAUGACGGCGCACUCCUUCGCCCUCCCGGUCAUCAUCUUCACCACGUUCUGGGGCCUUAUCGGCAUCGCGGGGCCCUGGUUCGUGCCGAAAGGACCCAACCGCGGAGUGAUCAUCACCAUGCUGGUGGCCACUGCUGUCUGCUGCUACCUCUUCUGGCUCAUCGCCAUCCUGGCUCAGCUGAACCCCCUGUUCGGGCCCCAGCUGAGGAAUGAGACCAUCUGGUACGUGCGCUUCCUGUGGGAGUGACUGCUGCCACCUCCUCGGCCCCAGGUACAACAGGUGCCCUGGCUCUCUGGAUGACCUUGGCUCCACUGUUCUCCAUGACCCUUUAUCACCCCCAUGGCUGUGUCUGGUCCCUCUGUGCUCUCUCCCCCAAGGCCCAUCUGUUUCUGGAAAGUACCACCUUCCCUGGCCAGUCUGGGCCUCGGGAAGCCCCGAGCUCGGAGCCAGGCUGGAGCAGCUAUCCAGCCCUCAAGUCCCCACUGCCCCCUCCCAAGUAGGUCCUGGCCAAGAGCUGACGAGGGCGUGGUCAGCCUUUUACAAAUGGGGCAGCCCUAGGAAGGCCUGCGUCCUGUGGGGUAGGGGCGUCCAGCCCGGGGUGCUCCGAACCUGGGGUGGGCCAGGGCCGGGCGGAAGCCCUGGCUGAGGAGUCAGGGGACCAGUUAUCGUCAGCCCUGCCCCCGUCCUGCUGCGUGACCCCCGAGCAUCGGCCUGUGUGGGCCUCCUCCCCUGUGAGGUGGAUGGGCAAAGGCCUUUCUUGGAGUUCUCCUUUAAUUUUCUGACACAUUUAGAUGUGAAAUUUCUGAAAAUGUUGAAGUAAUGGAAAACCAUUCACACACAAAAGCGACGUAAUAAUUUGGAUCAAGAUUGAAACCCUGGAGUUCCCGCUAUAGCGCAAGGGGCUCGACAGCAUCUUGGGAGCACUGGGACGCAGGUUCGAUCCCUGGCUCGGCACAGAGGGUUAAGGAUCUGGUGUUGCUACAGCUGCAGCUUGGGUCUCAAUUGUGGCUGAGAUCUAAUCCCUGGCCCAGGUACUGGGGGGCAGUCGGGGAAAAAAAAAAAAAAAAAAAAGGUGGAAACCUAUAUGUUUAGCCUCCCUUAGAGUCUCAAAGUCACUCAAACUGACUUGCUCAGCAAGUGCGUCUCCGUAGAAUACCCUGCCCCCCCCCAACCAGGGCCUCCCUCUGUGGGUAAAUCCUGUCCCUUCCCAAGGCUCAGUCUGAGCACCAGGGGAGCAGAAGAAACAGCAGCUCCUGCCCCAGCCUAGAUUCUCCUACAUUCAGCUGCCUCGGGGGCAGAUUUGAGGGCCCCUCAGGACGGAGGUCACCUGGGGCAUAGGAGGGUGAAGAGGGACAGGUGUAGGCCAAGUGUGGGUGGCGCUGUGGUGAGGUGUAGGCAAGGUGAGGCCAGUGCCAGACCUAUGCUGGGAAUGCUGUGGGGGGUGGGGGGCACCCGGCCUGUCGAGGGCUGGGGCCCCCAGGUGGUGCCCUCACUUCUCAGGGGAGCUGGGGCUGAGACCUCAGAUACUUGGCCGUAGUCCCAGAGCUAGUUGGAGUCCCCUGACUUGGCUGUGCCACGUUGCCUCCCUGGGGAAAGAAGCCAGUCUCUCGUAUUUAUUGGCUGUUUAUUGGAUUGGCGCUCUGUUCAGUGGGCAGUGUUUCUGGAGUGGUGGAGAACGUGCGUAUGUCUCAUCUGUGUUUCUUGGCUCUGGGCUUGGCUUGUUGCUCAGACUGGGCCCUCCUUUUGACAGCCCACCUGCCCCCUUUCAAACUCCCUUCCUGUGCUGACCUCUGUGGCCCUCCUGGAGUGGGGGUUCUGGGGUCUAGAUUGUGCUGGAAACCUGACCUGUGUCUAGUGACUUGUGGCUGGUGGGGAAAUUACUGUUCGGUGGCUGCAUCCUGGCUGAGGCUAGAUUUGCUGGCUGCCGUCCCCGGCCCACUCAAUCCCCCUUUCCUUGGAGGGUGGAUGUGGGGACAGGAACAGGGACUGACAGCUGCUUGGAGCUGCAGCUCUGGGACGUGGACAUGGAGAACUACAUUUUUCUGAGCCUGGAGGAGACAGCGGCUUCCCGGAUUCUGUCCAGAACCAGGCCUGGCAGGAGGAGGACAGAGGAACUUUGCCCAUCAUUUAUCUAUGCCCCGGGUGACAGAGUGCAUGGCCUCUCGGGGUCUGCAAUAAAGCAGGUCCCCAACA